UUUUUGCUUUUAUAAUUUUCUCUCCUCUUAACACAGCUGCUAACUUAAGUCUUCUAUAUAAUCUAACUACUUUGCCUCUUAUUUUCUUACUCAUACCAUUUUUUUUUUCUCUGUUAUUUGUUUCCUUACCAUGAAGCAAACUUCACCCAACUCUUUCUCUCUUCUAAUCAUACUCAUAGUAAUCAUACUAACAUUCACAUCUUGUGACAACAUCACCGCCGUCGAAUUCAUCCGAUCAUCAUCAUCAUCAUCAUCGAACACAUACUUCCCGAGUGGCAUAACCUCCACCACUACUACCACUACAACCAACAAAAACCAUGUAAACAAUAUCAAAAACAAAAGCUCGGCCGCCUCGAGGAGCCACCUCGAGGCGGAAGCUCCACCGCCUUCGGACAUCCUUAAGGCGGCGAUGAAGCCGGAAACGGUGGGGUGGAUAAAACAUGUUAGGAGAAUAAUCCAUCAAAAUCCUGAAUUAGCCUUUGAAGAACAUAAUACAAGUGCUUUUAUUAGAGCUGAAUUAGAUGAACUUAAGAUUUCUUACAAGUUUCCUUUGGCUAAGACCGGUAUUCGUGCUUGGCUUGGCACUGGUGGACCCCCCUUUGUGGCGCUUCGUGCUGAUAUGGAUGCUUUACCAAUACAGGAAGCUGUAGAAUGGGAGUACAAGAGCAAAAACGAUGGCAUAAUGCACGCUUGUGGCCAUGAUGCUCAUGUUGCCAUGGUCCUUGGCGCGGCCAAAAUACUUAAAUCUCGUGAACAUCUUCUCAAGGGAACGGUAAUCCUCCUAUUUCAGCCAGCAGAGGAGAAAGGGAACGGAGCGAAACAGAUGAUAGCAGAAGGUGCCAUAGAAGAUGUUGAAGCCAUCUUUGGAGUUCAUGUUUCCCAUAAUUAUCCUUCAGGAACCAUUUACUCGAGAAGUGGUCCAUUGCUCGCUGGUUGUGGCUUUUUUAGGGCUGUGAUCAGUGCUAACCGUAGUUCCGGUGGUGGCCAUCAGGUUCACCGUUCUGACACUAUCUUGGCUGCUUCAGCUGCAGUAAUCAGCCUGCAAGGCAUUGUUUCUCGGGAAGCAAAUCCUUUGGAUUCUCAGGUUGUCUCAGUAACUUGGGUUGAUGGUGGAAACCAAUUUAGUUUUGUGCCUGAAGACAUUGUCAUUGCUGGGACUUUCCGCGCAUUCUCUGAUAUGCAGAAGCUCCUACGCAGAAUAGAAGAGGUGAUUAAGGAGCAAGUGAAAGUGUAUAGAUGCUCAGCGACAUUGGACUUCUUCGAGAAAGAAUAUACAAUCUACCCUCCAACAGUGAAUGACAAUCGUAUGCACGAACAUGUAAAGAAGGUGGCCAUAGAUUUACUUGGAUCGGAGAACUUUGGAAUUGCACCUCCAAUAAUGGGAGCAGAGGAUUUCUCAUUCUUCUCUAAAGAGAUCCCUGCUGCAUUUUACUACAUUGGUAUAAGGAACGAGGAAGUAGGAUCAACACACACGGUACAUUCACCUCGUUUCAUCCUCGAUGAAGAUAUGCUCCCUAUAGGUGCUGCAACACAUGCCUCCAUUGCUGAAAGAUACUUGAAUGAAAAUUAAUGAUGCAGAUUAAUCCCCAAAAUAUUAUAGUAAAUAUUGAGAUCUUAGAAGCUAGAUUAAAUCUCAAUCUUUUUUUAACGUAACCCUUUUUUAGGUAAUUAUUGUUUUUGUCUCCAAAGUUUCUCUUCUUAGUUGGAGGUAUUCUGGUACAAAGUUUACCUUUAGAAAUGUAGGGUUAUGUUUAGUAGCCAUCAUUUAUAAGUUUAUUUUUGUCA